AAAGGAAGCCCUCUUGACUUGCGCAAGGUAGAACUAGGCAUAAAACGAUCAACCGCACAUGCAGUCAAUCUUAGGCUUAAAAAUGAACUUCUUUUUAGGGGUAUCUACCCUAUGCGUUCGCCUGAACCGAUAGCAAAUGGAACUCCUUCCCCAGAGAAAGCAAAAAGACUUUUAGGCUAUGCUGGAAAGAUGGCAGUGGCUGUAAGAGCUUAUAUGAGUACUCCCACUAGAUAA